AUGACGAUGACGAGUUUAUGCACCAAGUAUUGGCAAGCAUUUCUCGCCCAGGGCUUUAUAACGGGAAUAGGCUUCGGUAUGCUGUUCUUGCCAAGUGUUGCUAUUGUAUCACAGUACUUCUCGACCAAAAGGGCCUUUGCCUUUGGGGUCGCUGCCAGCGGCAGUAGUCUUGGUGGCGUGUUUUACACAGUGAUAUUUCGGGCACUGCCGCCUCGUGUUGGCUUUGUAUGGGCCAAUCGGAUUAUUGUGUUUAUAAUGCUCGUUACUAUGGUUAUCCCGGUACUUGGUAUGAAGCUGCGCGGCGAGUCAAGUACUACAAGACGUGAUUUCCUAGACCUGACGGCUUUCAGGUCAAAACCAUACUUGGCUUUCUGUCUCAGCAACUUCUUCGGGCUCAUGGGUAUCUAUGUAACCUUCUUUUAUAUCCAGCUUUAUGUCGAAGAGCAGGUUAAUAUUAGUUCUUUAAUAGCGUCUUAUCUUUUGACAAUCACCAAUGCAGCCUCUACAUUUAGUCGAUUGAUUCCAAACUUCUUCGCCGAUAAGAUCGGACCCCUUAACAUCCUUAUUCCGUUUUCACAUGUAGAUUCUGUGCUUUGGAUGGAUCGGAGUUACAUCGGAGGCUGGAAUAGUGGUUUUCUGUCUUCUGUAUGGAUUCUUUUGCGGCACAUUUGUUUCAUUGCCCGAUAA